GUGACAGAGGAGGAGGGGGGGGCAACAGAGGGGCGGGUGGCAGGGGGCGACAGGGCGACGGGUGGCAGGAGGAACCCGGCCGCGUUCCGCUGGGUGGCACCGGGCUCGCCGCUCCUCGGGGCGAGGGUGAAGGGCAGAUUCGGUGCCUCCUCCUCCUCUCCCCAUGCCCGCCGCUCCCUCCCACACGGAAGUCGAGUCCCGCCGGGUUCACACGGGACCCGGGGCCAGGGGAGGGGAAGCGCGGCCAGGACACCCGGAGCAUCGCGGCCCGUCCCGCCCGCCCCACGGACCUGCCGGGGGCCCUGGGGACACGGAACGGCUCCACGCGUCACCAUGCAGGACGAAAUCCUGUUGACUCCAUGGAGGGAUUUUCCUGUGGAAGACGUGGAGCCCUUUGCCCCGACAGAUGAAGAGAAGUGGGAUUUUGUCCUAGUGAGCAACAUCCACGAGAUGGGCAGCGAGAAGGAGAUCAAGAGGAAGAAGUUCCUGGACGAGCUGAGCAAGAAGGGCUUCACCAUCAAGAAAAUUGAGGAUGAGAAGCUGUUUUACGGCGUUCGUGCCCCCAAACACAUCUUCCAGAAGUACCAGUGGCUCCUGGGGAACCCCGACAAACGGCUGCAAAGCCUCGAUGUCCACCACGCUGUACCGGUGACCACCAGGAUACGGCUCGUGAACUUCAUCCUGCAUAACACCAUGACACCCGACCUCGAGAAGCUGCGCGACCUGAUGAAGAAGAACGUCUUCGAGGCGACGUUUCCUCUGCACGAGAAAGAAGAGGUGAGGGAGUUCCUGAAGGAGAAGUGGGCUCGCUGGAGGGACAUCUUCUGCCAGCAGCCCCUAGAGAAGAUCAGGUGCUACUUUGGUGAGAAGGUGGCCCUGUACUUCGCGUGGCUGGGCUGGUACACCUAUCUGCUGGGCAUUGCGGCCGUGGCGGGACUGGUGGUGUUCGUGGCGGGGAUCACCGUGUUCAGCUCCAGCCAGGUGAGCAAGGAGAUCUGCGAGGCCAACGACACCGUCAUGUGCCCGCUCUGCGACCAGAAGUGCCCGUUCUGGCUCCUCUCCGACACCUGCACCUAUGCCAAGGUCACUCACAUGAUUGACAACGAAGGGACAGUUCUGUUUGCCAUGUUCAUGGCCAUCUGGGCCACCGUGUUCCUGGAGCUGUGGAAGCGGCAGAGAGCCACAGUGGUCACCGACUGGGACCUGUACCGGUGGGACGAGGACGAGGAGGAGCUGGCCAUGGAGCUGAUCAACAACCUGCAGCACGAGCCCCGGCGGUACCAGCACUCCUACUUCCGCAGCACCGUGGUGCUCCUGCUGGCGCUGCUGAUGAUCGUCGUGCUGAUCGGCAUCGCCCACGCGCUCGUCAUCUACCGGGUGGUGGCCGUGGCCCUGUUCACCCAGAGCAGCGUGGAGCUGCUCCGCGAGCAGGCCAACACCGCGGCCGUGGUCACCGGCGCCGUGCUGCACUACCUCACCAUCGUCAUCAUGACCAAGGUCAACAGGCGCAUGGCUCUGUAUCUGUGUGACCUGGAGAAGCCACGGACCUUCUCCCAGCGGGAGAACAACUUCACUGUGAAGAUCUUCACCUUCCAGUUCUUCACAAACUUCUCUUCGCUCAUCUACAUCGCCUUCUUCCUGGGACGGAUCAACGGCCACCCGGGGAACUACGUGCGCGUUGCUGGCAGGUGGAGGCUGGAGGAGUGCCACCCCAGCGGCUGCAUCACCGACCUCUUCAUCCAGAUGGCCAUCAUCAUGCUGCUCAAGCAGAGCAUCAGCAACGUCAUGGAGUUCCUCGUCCCCUGGAUACGCCACAAGCUGCGCAAGAGGCGGCAGCGUCCCAAGAAGAGGAGGAGGAUGCUGGGAGAGGAGGACGAGCCCGAGGACCCCUGCAAAAGGCAGUGGAGGAGGAACUACGACCUCAACGAGGUCAACAUCUUCAGCUUGUUUGACGAGUUCUUGGAGAUGGUGAUCCAGUACAGCUUCACCACCAUCUUCGUGGCCGCCUUCCCACUGGCCCCGCUGCUGGCCUUCUGCAACAACCUCUUCGAGAUCCGCCUGGACGCCAUCAAGAUGAUGCGGCUGUGCCGGCGCAUGGUGCCCAGGAAGGCCAACGACAUCGGGAUCUGGCUGCAGGUCCUGGAGGCCAUUGGCAUCCUGGCUGUCAUCGGGAACGGGCUGGUGAUCGCCAUCACCUCCGACUUCAUCCCGCUGCAGGUCUACAAGUACACGUACAGCCCCUGCAUGCUGGGCAACCGCACCGGCCUGGACUGCUCCACCGGCUACAUCAACCACAGCCUCUCCGUCUUCCGCGUCCAGGACUUCGAGCCCCACACGGAGAUGCCCAAAACACUACCAGGCUUUGUCAGGGGCGAGAUCAGGGAGUGCAGGUACCGGGACUACAGGAACGCCGAUGACUACAGCUACACCGUCCAGUUCUGGCACAUCUUCGCAGCCCGGCUCGCCUUCCUCAUCCUCUUCGAGCACGUGGCUCUGUGCGUCAAACUGAUCGCAUCCUGGUACGUCCCCGAUAUCCCCCAGUCCGUGAAGAACACGUUUCUGGACAGAAAACACAAGAACCUGCGUAAGGAGCUGAGUAUGAUGGAGUACUCCACCGAGGUGUAGCUGCCGCUCUGCGAGGACGGUGACAACCACGGGGGAGCCACCGCGGCACCGCCACCGAGACGGGCCCCGUGUCCCGGCUGUGACCAACCUUGGGCUUUCACUGGGGAGCGACGAGGUGACGGUGGCUCUGCAGGAGCAGGACAUUUCUGACGGGGCGUGAGGAGGAGGAGGCUGCGGCGACCGCGGCUGGUGCCAUGCCAGCGCUGGGAAGCUUUGGCACAAACCGCGGUGCUGCACGAUGACAGUGACAGUGGUGGCAGGAGAUGCCCUGGAGGCCUCACCACUUGUGCCCUUAUCAUGCAAUUUGGCACCCCAGGAAAAGCUGGUUCUGUCCUUACAGAGCCCCUCACCAGCUCUUUUUUUUUUACACUUUGGCCUGUUUUUCCUUUGCCUUUGGUGACAUCCCUGCUCUUGCGCCACCAAAACGCGAGUCCUUCCUCCUUCACUGGCGCCAGCAGAGUUCUCUCAGCACAACUACCGCGUGGCUGCGGCUCCAACCUGCUGAUUUCACGGCAAAAAUGCCGUUGUUAUCCCCACGGUGUCAGCUGCGGGCUCAGCCAAGCCCGUUCCUGCCCCGAGCACCCAGACCUGUGCCUGGCUCAGCAAACGGUAAAUGACCGUAACCAUGCACGGACACGCUCUCCCGCCGCGCUCACGCGGGCGUUCCUGCCCGCCCCUCUGCCAUCCACGCCGCACAAAUAAAUCCUGCCCAGACCGCUCUUUGUCUGAACACAGAUGACCAGCAGAACCGAAGCGCAGCCCGCACGGGGCUGGCUGGGAGCUGCCAGGGGACGCCUGGAAUAAGCCGGCACUUUGGGCACACAGAGCAGGAAAAGCACCGGUUAAACAUGCCGGGGUACCAGGAGCACCGAGGCACGCGGGAAAUCCCGGGGGACAGGGCUGGGGAGGGUUAUUUGUGCUCGGGGAACAGUCUUUGUUCUCACUGCCCGGGGACGGUGACGUGACCGCACACGUCGCUGCUCCCUUAGGUGCACAAACAGCCCGUGACGUCCCGCGAGGGUCCCCACGCGUCACACCCGGGUGGGGGUGCAGAUGUGCAGGGGAGAAGCUUCUCUCUCUGUGCUUCCUGAUGUCGGUUAACGGCGGCAGCAGGGGCCAGGGGCCGCAGCUCCAUUUCCACCUGCCUUGCCGUCCUUGUAGACCCCGGGGCAAACCAACCGGAGCAUUGCAAAGCUUGCCAGGCUCUUUUCUUUACCAGAACCGGGAACUUUUAAGUGGUUUGUGAGUUUAACCUCGAGCUCCGCCCCUCCGUCCCCUCACCUGUAAAACAGCAACAGCUGUCUCCCUGCGAUAGAGGUAAAUUUGGGGGAUAAAGUGACCCAAAUGUGGGAACUCUGGGGGUGACACAGCACGACCGCGCGUGUGUAAGAGCUGUGACAGCCGCAGGUAUAAGCACCACGGGUCAGGAACAGGUGUUUCAUCAGGGCUCGUCUGUCAUUUUCUGUAAUUAAAGCCCAUGCCGUGCCGGAGCCGCGGUGCAGCAGCCGGUGAGCGAUGCUCUCCCGCAAUCACAGCGGUUCUGGUUCAGCGGCCGUGUCGCUCUGGGCUGUUCGCA